AUGUCUUCGUCCAGCAGUUCGAGCGACGGAAUAGAGGGUGAUCUGAUCGAUGCAUUCCAGGCGGAGUACGAGGAGGAGAUGCUGAACGAGGAGGAGGAGCCAAGACGGCCGCGACGCCGCCGAGAGUUCAUCCGACGUGAUCGUCUGGGUGCAAGCGAUCGGCUCUUCGAGGACUACUUCGCCGACGACUGCAACUAUCCUCCGAGCUUCUUUCGGCGAAGGGGAGAAGCACCCGUAGUGAACUUCACGGUGAAUGGACACGAGUACAACUAUGGUUACUACCUUGCCGACGGCAUCUACCCCUCCUGGCCGGUGUUCAUGAAAGGUGUUAAUCUUCCACAAAGUGAAAAGCAGCGAAUGUUCACUGCUGCUCAAUCAGCUUGGCGCAAAGAUGUCGAGUGUGCCUUUGGAGUGCUGAAGGCUAGGUUCAACAUUCUAGCAGUUCCGGGACGCUCCUACUCGAGGCGUACUCUUGGGUUGAUCAUGCGUGCAUGUGUCAUUCUGCACAACAUGAUCAUCGACGAUGAGCGUGGUACAAAUUUGGAGCACACCUAUGAGACCGUUGAGUCCAAUGUCGGCCCUGCAAUACACCACCAUGCACCACCAAGCCUAGCAGCCAGGAUUCAGAUGGACAACGAUAUGAGGGACUCACCGGUGUAUACACAGCUCCAGCAAGAUUUGAUAGAGCAUGUGUGGGCUCAUAAUGCCUAG